AUGGCAGAAAAAUCGACUGACAAUUGGUUUCGAGAAGACAAUCCAAAUUUUUGGCCCGGUCAAAGUUUUUCAUUGGAAAUUGAGAAAGUAGUAUAUCAGAAAAAAUCGAAAUAUCAAGAUGUUCUUGUGUUUAAAAGUAAAACAUAUGGGAUGUGUUUAGUCCUUGAUAAUUGUAUUCAAUGUACGGAAAGAGAUGAAUUUUCUUAUCAAGAAAUGUUGGCCUUUUUACCAUUGCUAUCUCAUCCAAAUCCAAAAAAAGUUCUAAUUAUUGGUGGUGGUGAUGGGGGUGUACUUCGAGAAGUUGUCAAACAUCCAGAUGUCGAAGAAGCUGUUUUAUGUGAAAUAGAUCAAGAUGUUAUUGAUGUUAGUAAACUGUAUUUUCCCGAAAUGGCCAAAGGUUUCGAUAGUAAAAAAGCGAAAGUAUGUGUUCAAGAUGGUUUUGAAUAUCUUAAAAGUCAUCAAAAUGAAUUUGACGUGAUUAUAACAGACUCGUCUGAUCCAGAAGGGCCAGCAGAAGCAUUGUUUCAGGAGUCGUUUUAUUCAUUAAUGAAAUCAGCAUUAAAACCAAAUGGUAUUAUAUGUUGUCAAGCCGAAAGUAUUUGGCUUCAUUUAAAUUUAAUAAAAAAAAUGAUGACAUUUAGUAGAGAACUUUUUCCAUCUGUUGCCUAUGCUUAUGCGUCAACACCCACGUAUCCAAGUGGAACAAUUGGCUUUUUACUUUGCAGUCUAAAUAAAGAUACAAAAUUUGGCAUUCCAAAUUCAAAUAUUCGAAAUAUAUUGUCGUCAGUGAACACACGGUAUUAUACAUCGGCUAUUCAUCGUGCUGCAUUUGUUUUACCAGCAUUUGCGGCGAAAAAGUUCUAUUAUAGUAUACUAGCAGUACUACAACAACAACUACCUAUUCUUCUCCUCUUAACAGACCGUAAACCUAUUUAUUCGUUUUAUAAUAAUAUUAAAUCAAGAGUGUAUGUGUCAAAAUCCCCAAAAUUUGAUCGUUCAUCAGAAAUUGUUUCAGUGGUUGUUGGCAAACGUACAAUAUUACCAUGUUAUAUACAAGAUGUUAGUCAAUUUAAGGUAAUUUGGAUGAAAAUGAAUAAUAGUUCAAUAUUGACAAUGGAUGAUCGUGCCGUGAAUGGUGAUUCACGGAUAACAUUGUUACAUGCCUAUGCCGAUGAAUGGAAUUUACAAAUUGAUGAUGUUGAUGAGGAUGAUGCUGGCGUCUAUCGUUGUGUACUUAAUAAUGGAAUGUAUAAAACAUUAACACUUCAAGUUAAAAUUCCGCCACAAAUCAUUGAUGAACAAUCAACAGAAUCUUAUCCAUCACCAAUCACAUCUGGAUCAAAUUUUACAUUAAAAUGUUAUGCAAAUGGUCGUCCAUUACCGAAAAUACGAAUUCUAUCAUUUGAUCAAGCUGAAAAUACGAAAAUUAUUAGUGAAAAUAAUGAAGUCAUUUUAUAUAAUGUCUCUCGUCAUACUCGAAAACGUUAUGAGUGUAUUGCGAGUAAUGGUGUUCCACCUGAUGUUGCCCGAUCGUUCCAAUUAACCAUACAAUAUCCACCAGAAGUAACCACAUUACUAACAAUAAAUGAUAACGGUAAUAAUAGUACUCAAAAUCAAUUAUUUGUGGAUUUGGGACAAGAAUUACGUAUUAAAUGUCAAAUAACAAUGUAUCCAUUUGGUAAAAUAUUUUGGACAAAAAAUAAUAUUCAAAUUGAUAGUAAUCAAAAUAAUUAUGAACAAUACGCUUCAUCUUAUUCGGAUAACUAUGUUAUUAUUGAAUUGUAUAUUAAACAAAUUAAUUAUAAAGAUUUUGGUUUAUAUUCUUGUUUUGCCCGUAAUGAUCUUGGUAGUAAUUCGAAAACAAUACGUUUAAUUGAAAAUCCAACUACAACAACAUCUACUACAACUGUAUCAACAACAACCACCGUACAACAAACAACGAUAUCAUCAUCAUUACUACCAAAUUUUGGUAGUGAACGUUUUUUAUAUAAUCGUGAAUCGUAUACUGACUUAAAUAAACAACAACGUCCACGAAAACGGCCAAAAAAUUCUACACGUACAAGUUCAACAUCUCUAAAUGUUAUUCAACAACGAGAAGCAGAAAAUCUACGAGUUAGCAUUUCAUCAAAAGGUAAAUCUAUAUUGAAGAAUGUUUUAGCAGUAUAUUAG